ACAAAAUCAUUGUUUCGGACUUUCGUUCCUUUCUUUGAUACAGCGUCUCACAAUUCCCUCACCAGGAACUUUUUGAGUUUCCGACGCAAAAUUCAUGUCUGCACUUCGAAAAAUUCAAUAUAGCAAUUGAACAUAUUCACUUACAGGUGUAUGAUAAUUUCUCUCCUUUGUUUUCUGAUCAUUUUGUCUAGUAAAAGAUUAGUCUUUUUUAUCUACAGUAUGUGUACACAAUGGAUGAACGGCGUAAUUCUAAUGUGAUUGGAAAUACUUUUUUGUCCCAUAUGCAUGAGUUCAUGCUUCUAAAAUGGUUUUCCGUUCCUUCUAAAGUUCAAUUUUCAUUGCAUUCGCAUCAUUGGCCAUUGAAAAUUGAUUCUUGCCAAGCAGCCUCUGCAGAAGAUAUUUGAAUUGGCGCACUCUUAAGUUAAUAUUUUAUCCCUCCGAACAACAUCAGAUUCCUCUCUCUGCUGUUUCAUCUUAUCUCAUCUUCACCGAUUUUUGCUGCUCACUGAUACAAAAAUGUCAGCAGUGGUCUCCUCCUUCGUCGUCGGUCCCAAAAGCUUACACACUUCUGAUCUAUCAAGUAAAGGAACACAAUCUAUUAGAACAAAAACUUUUACAUGCAGAAAAUGCAUAUUAAAGCGAGCAAUUAAAGUAUCAUGUGCUCACAAUGGUGAACAAGAAAGAAGACAUGUGGUCAAAAUGUGUGGCAUCACAUCAGCCAGAGACGCGGCUUUGGCGGCAGAAGCUGGUGCAGACUAUAUAGGCAUGAUUAUAUGGCCUAACUCAAAGCGUUCUGUUUCACUCACGGUAGCAAAGGAGAUUUCUAAAGUUGCUAGGAGAUAUGGAGCAAAGCCUGUUGGGGUGUUUGUAGAUGACGAUGCUCAUACCAUACUUAAAGCGUCUGAUGCUGCAGGCCUUGAAUUGGUUCAGCUUCAUGGGAAUGGUUCACGAGUUGCUCUUCCAAUUCUGGUGAAGGAAAAGAAUGUAAUAUAUGUUCUUCACGUGAAUGGGGAUGGAGAACUUUUGAACUCGAUUUCUGAUGAAGAGUCACCAUUGGUUGAUUGGGUUCUAGUUGAUAGUGCCAGAGGUGGCAGCGGUAAGGGAUUUAACUGGGGAGUAUUUAAGAUACCUCCUAUCAGAAGUAAACGUGGAUGGCUUUUGGCCGGAGGGAUUUACCCGGGAAAUGUAUGUGAAGCUCUCUCUACUCUUAGCCCACAUGGAGUUGAUGUCAGCAGCGGAAUUUGUGCUCCUGAUGGCAUUCAAAAGGAUAAGUUACAGAUAACUUCCUUCAUGAAUGCAGUUAAUUCUCUUUCAAUUGUUAGUUGAUAUUAGUGCUAAUCUUGGAUAUAAAUUCUGGAUAAGAGUACAAAAUUUUCUAAACAUCUGCGUGUUAAAGAACUUCAUAGUUUGAUUUGAGUAAAUAGUUUGAGUAACACCAAGGCUAUGUUUGGUGCAACUAGUUGGAGACUAAUAUCUGAAUUAAGGGUUAUUGUCCGAAUCAGAGACUAUUGUAUGGAGCUGAACAUUGAAGUGCUGAAUCUAAAUUACCAAUUGAAUGGAGUAGACUCCUUUGGAAAAAAGAGUUGAAAGAUGACGGAAAGGUAUAAAAUUACAUUAAUGGACAUACUUCCUCGUCCCAAGUUGAUUUUACAAUGUAUAUG